UAAUAGGACUCCAGUUCAAUAGUCAACGAAGUGUGAACACUUACGUUAGUGUGCCAUCAGAACAGAACCGUGUAAAUUAGAAGAACCAGUUCCUCGUCGUCAAGUCGCUAUAAAGUUGUUUUGGAAUUAGUGCCGUCCAUCAGUUCUCACCACGCGAGCAGUGUGCAUAUUACUUUCAAUUAGCUUUGAUUAUAGCCAGACGUAUACAAUACAGUAAAUAAAAUGGCUACUAUUACUGAAGUCGGUGGAAUCAAGCUUGGAAAGCUGCUGAUCGAAGGCAAAACCAAGCAGGUGUACGACGUUCCCUCCAAGCCGGGCCACUCGAUCCUGCUGAACAAGGAUCGCAUUACGGCGCACAAUGGAGUGCGUGCGCACGACCUGGAGGGUAAAGCGAAAAUCUCCAACCAAACCAACGCGAAGGUGUUCGGGCUGCUGAACCGUGCCGGCCUCAAAACGGCCUUCGUGCAGAUGGUUUCGGAUAAUGCGUUCCUGGCGCGCAAGUGCGAAAUGGUACCGAUCGAGUGGGUAACCCGCCGGGUGGCCACAGGGUCCUACCUGAAACGGAACCCCGGCGUGAAAGAAAGUUUCCGCUUUUCACCACCGAAGCAGGAAACCUUCUACAAGGACGAUGCCAACGAUGACCCCCAGUGGAGCGAGGAGCAGAUCGUUUCGGCCGAGUUUAAGGUCAAUGGAGUGCUGAUCGGUCAAGAUGAGGUAGAUAUCAUGCGUCAGACUACGAUUCUGGUGUUCGAGAUCCUCGAGCGGGCCUGGGCUACCCGCGAUUGCGCACUGAUCGACAUGAAGAUCGAGUUCGGUGUCGACGAAGACGGUCAGCUGCUGGUGGCGGACGUCAUCGAUUCGGACUCGUGGCGACUGUGGCCCUCCGGCGAUAAGCGUCUUAUGGUCGAUAAACAGGUAUACCGCAAUUUGGCCUCCGUAACGGCUUCCGAUCUUGACACCGUCAAGCGUAACUUCCUGUGGGUCAGCGAACAGCUAGACAAAAUGGUCCCCAGCAAUGAUCACUUGGUGGUAGUGCUGAUGGGAAGUUCCUCGGACAAGGAGCACUGCGAAAAGAUUGCUCGAUACUGUCGGGAACUGGGCUUGAACGUAGAGUUGAGAGUCACAUCUGCCCACAAAGGUACCAAAACAACACUGCAGAUCGUCAACGGGUACGAGAGCCGUUACCAUAAUCUAGUCUUCGUCACCGUGGCCGGUCGAUCCAACGGCCUGGGACCGGUCUUGUCUGGCAAUACUAACUAUCCGGUAAUCAACUGUCCUCCGGUGAAGCCGGAAAACGUCGGGCAGGACGUGUGGUCCAGCUUGAAUCUGCCAUCCGGGCUGGGAUGCGCUACGGUACUGUACCCAGAGGCAGCCGCUUUAAAUGCGGCACAGAUUUUAGGGUUGAAUAAUUUCCUGAUCUGGGCCAAACUUCGCGUCAAGCAGUUGCACAAUUUUACGAGUCUUAUCUAUGCCGACAAGGGAUUCCGUGGAGUACGAAACGCGGAUAACGAAUAAAGAAAAUUAUUAUUAAAAUUAAUUAAAGGAACGUAUUAGUUUUAACAUGUUAUAUUUUAUAUAAAGCAAUAAAAUGACAGAGUGUAUA